UUUGGAAUCUAUACAGCGAUUGGAAGUGUGAAAUCAUUUUUGCAAGCCUUCGGAGACGGCAGAUGUGUUUGACGUCAACCUUAGCAUCAAGAAUUUCAAUUUGGUCCGUGUAGGAACUUUGAGAAGACCUAGGCUGUAGCGUAGCAUAUAUUUGUCCCUUUUGUUAGGAGUUGUGUUUUUAUUAUAUCGGGUUUUAUGCCAUAACAGGUAGACUACACAAGUAGAAGCAUUUUUAUAUUUUUUCCAAACAAAAAAUGAAGGAAGAGAUUGCAGCAACUGUUUUCUUUAUAGCAAGGCUUGCACAGAAAUAUGGUAAACUGGAUCGAAUUGCCAGGGAUAAAUUUGCUGUUUCUCUUACUUCAGUUCUUUUUGAGAAAUUCAAAAACCAUUGGUAUCCUAGCAAUCCAUCGAAAGGUCAAGCGUUCAGAUGUCUCCGGGUGAAUAAAUUACAAGUUCGAGAUCCAGAUCUUGAAAAAGCUUGUUGUCAAAGUGACCUUGAUUAUGAUGACUUGGGACUUCCUUCAGAGAUGACCGUUUGGGUAGACCCAGGAGAAGUUUCUUGCAGGUAUGGUGAGAAAGGCAGCCCGUUCUGCGUAACUCAACUGGAGGGGCAAAAGUGUGAUGGGGACUUCUCACGCCGAAUAAACAAUGCUGUGGAGAGGGCAUCUUCAGAUUACCACUCUGGAACGUCCUCUGAUGAAGAGGGGGACAGCAUAAGCAACAGCAGCAGCAUCAGCAGCAUCAACAGCAGUAACAGUAGUUGCCUGUCUGCUCCAGAACAGAAGACCAUCCCCACUGUCAGCAAUCCCAACAGUGUUUAUCAGUUCAGUGAGUUUGCUCCACCUCCUCAGUCAUGGAACCCUUACCUGAAAAGGAAACCUUAUCCUGGGGAUGGUUAUCAACCGCACAACUCUGCCAAUGGCCCAUUUCCACAGCACAAGUCUUUCAAAAGUUACCGACCUUCCUUUGCUUUUUCAGGGCCACGAGUGGACAAGUAUCACUGGGUCAGUAAGAAUAGGUCCUAAUGGCUGAUGAGCCUGCACCCACACCCAUGAACCUGCAAAAUAUUGACCUCCAUGUACUGUUAAUCAGUGAUUUGAAAGGGCUCUUACAAAGCCUAUUUCUGCAGUAUCCAUCAGCAAAACUAAUGAGCACUUUAGUCUCUUAGUUAUUGUUGUGGAACCAUUUUAAUGUUUUAUGAAAUGUAUUUUAAAUGUUUUAAUACCUUUAUACAUGUGAAU